AUGGUGCGCGUGCCCGGAUCUCUUGGGGACUCCGGAUUUCACCGUAAGUCCGUAGAAGAUGCGCAAGUGAAGAAAGAACCAGGGGAAGAGGCGUCGACGGAUAUUCGGAUCAACGAAGACGCUGCUGAACAAAACAAGACCCGCGGAUUGACAGAGUGCUCGGAGGACUUCUUUCGACGAAAUCGAGGGCGAUCUGGAGACAGAUCUAGAGGACAAACCUCAACAUCCUCCCCAGGUCCCUUCGGGGACCCCGGUGGAUCUUGGCUCGAUCCGGACUACCUGGACGCGAUCGCGGACAAGGACGAGAUCGUGAGGAAGAAGCCGAAAGCGCCAGGCUUGGACGACGAAGAUCCCAGACCGUCGGCGCUCGACUGGUCCGAGGCUGACCUGGAUCGUCAGUAUCACUUGAAGGAACUGCGAGACUUCUUGCGUCAAGAUCCUGUCAUGGUGAUCUUGCGGCCAGAGCAGAUCGACGACCCGAAGGGCCCGAUCUCGGCCCCCCGAGUGACGGACAACAAGCUGAUGGCGGUGAAGAACCUGCUCGGGCUGUUGAAGGAAGCCGGUUUCGUGGCUGGCGCCUAUGAAGCGAACGGCCUUUUCGAUCAAGAUCUCGAUGUGAUCCAGACUGUGAUCCAGACAUUGGUCGACAAGUUGAGACCUUUGGUCGACGUGAUCGCGGACAGUCCGGACCUGAAGGUGCCAGUGCUAGUGUCGCCAGCUCCCGCGUCGUCGCCGCGGAUGGAGUCCACUGGGUACCGACCGUCGUCUCCUUAUGUCUUCGCAGCGGAACAUGUAUCGGAUACGUCGUCCGAACCUCAACGGAUGCCCCUCGGCCCUUCAGGAUCUGUGAUGUUGGACGCACGAUCACGGAAUCAACGUCAGGAACGCAUGCGAUCAGGACCUCGGAAGCAGAAACCCAAGUCGACCGAUCGGACCACCAGUGCUACCGGAUCAGAUGCGUCGAAUAACAGACUGGAUUCUUACUUUCAGGCUGCGAUGGCUCGAUUUCUGAAGGAACAACAGGCCACGGUGGCAACACCUACUCCAGUGGUCGACGACAACGUUGGAUCGCGGGACGUGGAGAUGGAAUCAGCCGGAUCGCCGGAUCAAGAUCCCUCUCAGUGGGAAUACGAUCUGGACGACAUUGAUCUACCGAGUUCGGCCCCUGCUGCGGUGGUCACCGCUGCCUCAGGAUCCACUGGGUCCUCCUUAAUCCAGCGUGCGCGGAUUUCGGCGAUGCCCGAUCUUAAGGAGUUCAGUGGCAAGGAUCAGGACGAAGACCGCGCCCGAUCGUGGACCAGCAAGGUGAAAUCGGCGUCCCUGCGAGAUCAGGCUACGGACGAAGAGAAGUGCCUGACCUUCGCUGAUCAACUGACGGGCCCGGCGAAGAACUGGUACCGCCAGCUGGGCCGAUCGACGCGGAACAAGUGGAGCGAUCUACUCCGGAGUUUCCAGAUCCAGUAUUGUGGCCUGGGAGUAUCGGCCGCUUGGCAGUAUUACCAUUCUCGCAAGAGAUCAUAUGAAUCGCCGUUGGAGUACCUCUAUCGACUGAAUGUGGCGGCUCUGUGUGCGAAAUUGAAGAUCAAGGACGGAGAUUCCAAGGCCCGCCGAGAACAUGUCGAACACUUUAUCGAGACGCUGGGCGAUCCGGACCUGGCCGAUCGGCUCACUAUACUCCGGCUUGCGGACGCAGAAGAUCUGGAGGAAGUCCUGCGCGCUCGAGAGCGCGCGAAGAGCAGACAGAAGCGAUCUGCCUUUGAAUCGAAGUAUCUUCAGAAGGUUCUGACCUCAGCACCAGCUGCUGCAACCAACCGGGCAGUGCGUGCAGUGCAGAUCGCGAGCCAGGAGUCUGGAUCGGACACGGGAUCAGACGGAUCGGACUCAGAGGGUGAUCUACGUCGCGUUUACCUAGCGUCGGCCGAGGACAAGUCCCGCAACGCUGGGGGCGACGCGACGAAGCCGGAUCGAAGCAACCAAGCGCAGAUCAACCAUGACCCACCUCGAUCGGAUCCACGAUCGCUAUCUUCACCUGACGGCUCGGAGCGAUCAAACCGCUGCUCACAUUGUGGAUCGCGGAAACACACCGAUCUCGAUUGUUGGAGACGUUUGAGGUGCGAGAAGUGUGGCAAGAGAGGUCAUCCGACGGAUCGCUGCCUGUUUGUGUGCCGUGGAUGUGGUGAACUACACGAGAUGGGCAAGUGCCCGAUGGAGGAAUUCAACAACCAGAUCCGUCAAUGGUGUGAAGCACGCUGGCAUGUUGCCCGCGAUCGACGAGAAGAUGUUAAACUAGGACGCUCGCCGGGUUGGAAUCCGGUACGAGCCGAGCGUUCUAGGUACUGCAUCUAUGCAUUCGUGAACAACAACACGGUAGAUCGAGUAAGUGGACGGACUGAUCUACGCGGUAAUACAUGUGAUCUGCAUGCGAAAUCUACCGCCAAGGUCUUAAGUCUACAUCGAUCGGACGACUUCAGCCGUUCUGACGCCGAAGUGCCCUUGGAUCUCCAGUCUGGAGAAACGCGGGGCUAUUGGAAGCAACUCAGACCGGAAGAAUGGUUCACGCCAGCUGAUGGAGAAGUGACGACCGAGAUCUCGGAGCAUGAUCGCGAUCGAAGUCGGCCUCGCGUCAGCGAACACCGCAAAGCGGCGAAAUCAAGUGACGAUACAGCAGUCGACGGUGUUCCAGCAUCUGAACGACUGCCGCAAGUGGCUGAAGACUCAUCGAUCGUUGGAGUUGAUCAUCUGGAAAUGGAGCCCAAACCCACUUCAAAUCGGGGCGAUCUUGUUACGUCCGAACCAGAUCGAGACGUUGGUGCUGACGAUCAGGUCCAUUACCACGAGGGCGGGGAUCUGUCAGCAGAAGAUGUCGAAGGUGAAUUAGCUGUGCUUCCUGAAAUCGCGAUCUCGACGACGGAUGAAGUGAAGAUCGAUCAUAUCAAGGUGGGAGAUCUGGAGUUCAACACCCCGGAGGAGAUCGAUCGGCUGCGAAAAAAGGUCUGGCAUAGGAAUCACUUGCUGAUCGGCAAGGGCAAUGCACUUCCCCCAGCAGCCCGAGGCGUCACCUGUGACAUCGACGUGGGCGACGCGAAGCCGAUCGCUCAACGUGUCCGGAAAGUUGCCCCGCAGUUCGUGGAGAAGGUGUUCUCUGGAUUUUAUCCAGAGUCCAUGGGUGAAGGCCACUGA